UUCAUUGAAGCCUGCAAAUAAAAUUCAUCCUCUUCAACUUCAUGCACCCAGAUCUCAUUUCCCAGAUGUGGACCCAAAAAUCUCCCAACUCCAAACCCUAGCUCAAUCCACCAGCAUUUGCACUUCCAAUCGCCACCGAAAUUCAGGAGUAGUGUAGUGUUUUGGUAACAAUAUGCAGCACAUUCCGAACACGAUUGAGGACCAGUUGAUAUUGAAAGCAAUCAAGGAAGAAUGUCCUUGGGAGAGUCUUCCGAAACGGCUUCAAGCCGUUCUGAAUUCCAAGGAAGAAUGGCACAGAAGGAUAAUCGAACACUGUAUAAAGAAAAGAAUCCAAUGGAACACCUGUUUUGCUCGCAAAGUAAUCAAAGAAGGUGAAUAUUAUGAAGAGAUGAUGCGUUAUUUGAGAAAGAAUUUAGCGCUGUUUCCUUAUCACCUUGCGGAGUAUGUUUGCCGUGUAAUGAGGGUAUCACCUUUCAGAUAUUACUGCGAUAUGAUUUUUGAAGUCAUGAAAAAUG